AUGAAUUCUACUACCUUUUCAGCGGCUAUAUUUCCUCUAAUUAAUAAGGAUUAUAUUAUCUCUUCAGCGAUUACAUUUCCUUUCUUUAAUAAGGAUUCUACUAGUUCUUCAGUAGCUAUUUUUCCUCUAGUCAAUAAGGAUUAUACUACCUCUUCGACAACUACAUUUCCUUUAUUUAACAAGGAUUCUACUAAAUGUAAACUUUUGCAAAUCAAGCAAGAGCAAAUUACUAUUAACGUUUCAGUGCAAGAUGGGAUAUCUAUAAUGAAAUCUCCCACUCGUUCAGAAUUACAGGUGAUUUUUCAAUCAUCCAUUUCACUGCCUAUUGAAGUAAGUAAGAAAGAGGUUAGUGAUAUGAUGAGACAAUGCAAUAGAGAGAAAAAACUUUUGCAUAGAUCAACACAUUCAAACCAAGAUCAGGAUAAGCUCUCAAUUUCUCAGAAUAAUUCCUCUAUGCCCCUAGAAGAUUCUGUAAAAACUGAAACUAAUACAAGCAGUUCGCAAUUAUCAAUCAAAUUGAAUGUUUGCAGAAAAGGAAAAGCUCAAGUACUACCCAAGAAUACAAAAGUUUCCCAUGAUUAUAUAGUAGCUCAAGAUUUUAUACAAGAAGUGUCUUCAGAGUUGAUAGAUGAAGAUGAUGUCCAAGUUAUUGAUGGAAAUCAGAAGCUUACAACUGACAUGAUAAUAGAAGUUGAGCUUGCUCAUUUAUUUCUAAAUGUAAGUAUUGAAGGGAAGAACACUACGCAGGUUAAACAAAAAGAGAUUUCAUGUCACUACUCAUAUGGAAAAAAGUUUGAAGAAAGUCAUUUUUCUGGAAUAACAUUGAAGACUUUAUGUAAAAGAACCCAAAGAGCCAUAAAGAUUUACAAACUGUUCGAAAAGAUAGGAGUAGAUAGAAUUAAGAAUAUCAAAUCUUACAGUGCAGAUUCUAUUUCAAAGUUUACUAAGCCUCAAAUCCAAAUUAUUCUGAAUUAUUUUAGUAGAUCUGGCUAUGCUAAUAUAAAACUAAAAAAGCUUAACUCAUAUUCUGUAAGCAAAAAUAUAAAAAAAGUGAGACCUAAAGUCCCACUCGAGAAAAGUCAAGGGUCUGUUCCAAAAAAAUUAUCAGAUGCCAGGAUAAGCACUCCACCUAUAUCUCAAACUUUGAAAACCAAUUAG